AUGUUUAACGAAGAUGGAGUUGUUAAUAUGGAUAUUUUAUUACAAAAUAUUUCAAACACAAAUUUGGUAGAAUAUGGACUGAAAAUGAAUGAAAAAUUGGGAAAGAAAAGGGUUGAUAAAAUGUAUUAUCAACAAAUAAUUAAUUUUUAUAAGAAUUUUAUAAAUAUUAAUUUAAAAAAUCAUUUGGAGAAUAAUUGGAAUUAUUAUUGUUAUAUUGAAAAAAAUGUGGAAUUUGAGAGGCCUGAGGAAUGGGCAGUUCAUUAUAGUAAUGAAAUUGGCAUGCAAAAUGAUGGUUUUCGAUUGGAAUAUAUUGGAGAAAUUGAUAAUUUUGAUAUUAAUAAAGAAGAAUAUAAAUUAACUUUAAAACAAAAAGAAAAUAUUUUCGAAGCACUAACGAGAAAUUCAAAUCUUCACAAAGUCACUUUCUUCGAAGCUGAUAAUAUUCUUAAAAUAAUUAUUUCCAAAAAUAAUUUAGAGGAGCAAUCACAAACAAAACAACAACAACAAACACAGAGUCAUUCAAAAGAUGAAAUACAAACAGAAUUUGUUAAAAAUAUUACUCAAACAUCUUCUUCUUUGUCGGCAGAUAAAGAAAAUAUUUACAAAAGAAUUAAAUCUGAAUUGAAGAAGAUAAUACAAGACGACACCGAAGAAAAUAAAAUUCUCAAAACAUCCAAAGUCAAUUCAGAAUUCUUCCAACAAUUUGAAUGGAAUAUAAAAUUAAAAAUAAAAUAUCAAAAAUGUUUGGAAUUAAUUCUGUUUUUGAAAGCAAUAUUAUUAAAUAAUUCUGAGUUGAAAGAAUUAAAUAAUUCAAUAUUUCUUCAAAUAAACGAGAAAUAUGAGUUAAUUAAUUUAAAUGAAAUAAAUAAAGAAAUUGAAGAGUUAAAUUUAAAUAAAAAUUCAAAAGAAGGCAAAAAAUUAGAAAAAGUUGUUAAAUUGUCAGAAUAUGUUUAUGAAAAAAUUAGAGAAUUAAAUUACAAAUUAUUAAACAAAAAUAAUGUUAAAAAUUGCAAGAAAGAUUUGGAUGAAGUGUCUAAAGAAAUAAUUAAUUUAAUUAAAUUAAUUAAUAAAAUAAAUCCUUUAAUUGGUUAUUUUGAAGAAUUAAAAGAAAUUGAGAAAAAAGUUAAAAAAAGAAAUAAAAAAGAGAAGAAGGAAAAUGAUGGGUUUACAGAUGAGGAAAUUAAUUUAGGAAAUGAAAUUUUAAAUAAAAUAAAUAAUUUGAUAGAUAAAGCAGUUAAAGAAUUUAAUGAAGGAAUUGAAGAAAAAUAUAAAAUUUUAAAAGAAAAUGCGGAAAAAAUAAUUUUUGGAAAUAAAGAAAAUAAAAAUUAUUUUUAUUUGGAAAUAUUGCCUGAAAUUGAUGAAAUUAAAAAUUAUUUUAAAUAUUCUGGUGAUCUAUUUGUUGGUUAUUGUUUAACUAAAAGAAUUGAAAAUUCAUUCAACAAAGAUGGAACUGUGAAAUUUUCUGAUUUUUUGAGUGAUGGUGUUGGGCAUGAAUAUGGAUUGGAAUUGAAAGAAUUCUUGGGGCAAACACGAAUUGAUAUGAAGUAUAUAAAUAUAAAUUAA